AAUGAAGGAGAACCUCUCCUUCGUCGUUGGCACACCGACUUCCGUCAUGGCCGCGAUGUACAACAUACAAACAGAUGCGCUGCGUCGAUGCUGAUUGUUUUCAAGAUAUGUUUUUGUUCGCUCGGUUUGUGGGGACAUCAGUUGUGGAACUAUAUUCCUCGUGUUUUAUUUAUGCUAGUUUGUAUCUUUCAAACUAUCUACAGGUUAUUUAUCUGUUUUGGUUGCGCCGACUUGGACUGUCACUUUAUGCAAAACUCAACACCCGAAUGUAAAACGCAGGUUCAUAAAGAUGACGUCUCAACCGGCAACGCAGUUUUCUCCAUAGCUUCCUUUGCGGCCGACUUGUCCUUUUUUGUUUUAGUUUGUUCUUUUGUAGUGGCCAAACGGAUGGACUCGGCGUUAGUGGCCCCAUCAGAGACGUUACCAAAGGACCUCAACAACACCGAAGUAACUUUGUUAUUUUUCGCUUUCGCUUUUAUUAAUACGUCGCUUUUGUGUUUAGUACUGUCAUUUUACCUUUCACCAUCAAGAAACGAGAUGCUUAAUUCCACCUCUUCUCUUGCCGAAAUAGCAGGGAUAGCCGGGCAAGUCUUGGCUCAUUGGACAUCUAUCAAUACUUGUCACGUUUUCGCAGUUAGUACUGCAGCUAUAGGUAAGGAUACUUAAUAGAGAGUAACCGAAUUAUGCCUAGCUUGUUCCAGGCUUCACGAUAGUGGGGAGAGCGGAUCGAGAAACGUUGCGCAAAAACUGCGUGUGGGCUGGUCAGAGACGGCCAUGAUAGUGGAGUCCUUGAAGUAGUAGAGCAGUCUCCCCUUCUUUCUUCCCGCCGUUUUUCGCUCGUUCGCUAUUUCACUGCUAGCUCAGUCACUUUUAUUCGCUCAUCUUCAGUGACUGAGAGCCUGGAACAGGCUAAAUUAUGCCCCUUAUUUUGUUUUCUAAGUCUUCAUUCUUUGGCUAAGUUUUAAAAAACAAAUGUUUCUCGUCCGGAUUUCUAUUAAAAAAAGAGAGCGGGCGGGCGCCUUUUUUUGUUAUUUCCGACUAUUUUAUUAUUGCCAAUUGAAUUCUUUCCGGCUUUACACAUUAUUACCCUCCCCCGGAUAUAAGUUCAAGAAAUAACAAAAUGAAACGUCAGAUAUUGAUUAAACACAAAUUUGUUUUAUUUUGAUACAUGUUUUAAAGUCUUUAAAUAACGUGAUGCAUCAUACGAUACAUCGCAACAGGAAAGGUGCAUUAAAAACGCCAAUAGGACUAUGAUUUAGCCUGCCUGAAAGCUCUCUUGAUUUUCUUCUUUGGCAUACACUGCAGAGCGGGUAGCAGUCAUCUUGAAUUACUAAAUUGACCUCACUUCCACAAGAAAAAACACAGUGGAUCAGCGAAUGAAACACAGAAUGGCAGUGCUGUCAACUCUCGCCAACUCUCCCGGAUAAUCCGGGAGACUCCAGAUUUUGGACUGUAUCUGCCGGUCUCCAGAUUAGAGUAUGAAAUCUCCCGGAUAUUCACCGAAGUUUGCCAUUAAGUUGUAGUCUCGACUUUCCGUCAAUAAACUUUUUUUAAAGUUGUUUUGAGCUAUUUUACUUUUAACAUCGAACGUUUCCUCAUAAACUUCGGUAUGGUAUAUUACGCCAUUGCAAUAUACGCAAUAAUUUGAAACAUUGCAAAUUCGUGACAAUCGGUUCAACGAGUAAUUUUUGCACAAAUGACGUCAUAUACCGUGCGAUAUGACGUCAUCUAUCAUCCCUUCCCUAUCAAUUCUCAAUAUUUGAAGACGUGUGGGGUUGACAUCCCUGCAUUAUGGGACCCUUAUUUAGCUUCAGUUCAAAUUAAAACGCAGACAAAAGCCAUCUCUUUCUAUAUAUUUAGAGUUUUCUUUGUACUCAAUUGAGGAGAACUGAAGUAAAAGUAACGCCUGUUGGUUUUUGUUCGUACAAACGUUCCUAAUAACAAAUAAUAAAAAAAGAGCGACGGCCCGAAAAAAUGAAGCGGGCGGGGAUGAGAAACAUUCGUUUUUUUUUUUUUUUACUUGGCCUUAACCGUCAUUGUAAGGCGAACUACAGAAAUGAGCAAAUUGACAAAAUUCAAGGUUUUUAUAAAACAUGAAGGGAAAGCCCUGUUCGGGAAGAUAGGAUGGACACAGUGGAGAGUUCGAGUUCCAUAACCGACGCCACAUAAUGUGAUGAAUUUGUUAUUGACUCUCUUCUCCGCUCCAUGGGGUAAUAUUUUUCUCCGCGUACUUCGGUUUCAGUUCUCUCCUCUCAAAUACCAACAUCUCCACUCCAAUUUCAUCUGGAAGGACGGUUUCCAAUCCGUUGCGGACAGUAAGAAGGCCACAUAACAAGCUUAUCAGCUCCGAAGCUGUCAUGUGUCACCCAUCUCCGAACAUGCAUUCCCCAUAAUUAACGUUAGUUUGUGGGCAAUUAAUCACAACCUAACCAGUUCCAGCAGCAUUGGAUUUUUCUAUUUCUGAUUGGCUAGAAAAUAUUUCCUGGGCGAUCGGAGAUGGAUAUUUCAAAAGCAUGUGGAACUGCCUAAGUAAGAUUGAGUCGUUAGGGUUAGGAUCGUUUUCGCCACUCUUUCUGAUUGGGGGAGGAAGGCGGGCUCAUUUCCUGAACCGCGUCAGAAGUCCGAGGCUAAACCGGCCUCCGAGGAUGCGUAGACCUGUACAAAAGUGAGGGUCGUUCUUUGUUUUAUACCAUGACGCAUAAUGCACAAUUGACCAAAGCCUGUCUCACCUUUAUGCUCCCCUUACCCUUUGUUCAGGCUAAAUUGGACGGUCCACCACGCCUUCAGCUAAAAGUCAGGGGCACCCAAUGGAGCUCUCCUCAAAACUCCUCCUCAAAAUACCUGUUCUUCAGGCACAUUUUUGCUGGCUGGGAGAUUUGGAAAAAAUAAUAUGUCCUGGGAAGGAAAGUGUCUCUGGGACAAUUCAGGGUGUAUACGUUUAUUUGAUGUCCGGAAUAGCUGCAGUCAUAUACAUCUCAGAGGAGGUUCAUAACACGACCAAGUACCAUACUCCCACGAUUGAAUUCGUCCUUCUCGGGUUGAUACUCGUCUGUUUUCUUUAUCAGUUUUUAUUUCCUUGUUUUUGUGUUGCUAGGAUGACAACAAACUGCACUGGUAAGAUAUUCAUGGAGUUACAUUAGGAGCCCAUGAUGGGUCCAUGAUGGGCUUCUGGUUACAUACAAGCUCAGAACUGAAGCAAUAGUAGUACGCACAAAUGUGAUACAGAUUUUGUUGUACCAUGCGUUCCACUUUUCCUGCAUUGAGAUCGAUACUCAUGUACAAUAAAUGCUUUGAAAAUUUACUUGUUUCAUAUUUAAACAUCACGUGAAGGGGGGAGGAAGCACUUUUAUAGCAAUAAGACGUAAUCGACGUUUGUCCGGCUGAAAAUGGGAUAUGUCCUAGCAAAAAUAGGUUUGACCGGACAAUUUGACCGGCGCCAGACGGGAAAUUAUUUGCAGCCCUGCAUACUAUACCGUAUAACACGAAAAACAAUCCGCUAUAGUGUGUAUGUAGCCUUAGUAUUCCGCCCUUUUUAGUUACCUGCCGUUUUAGAUUUUAAUGGUAAAUGAUACACAUGUAGGUAGACACCUUUCUAAAGUGCUUCGGAAAUUGCCCUGAAAAUUCUGUCGAGCCACCUUGAGCGUCCAUUCAUGCAGUUCUCGGUGGACUCUUAUUGUACCGCUGAACACCGAUAUAAUGAGUCGUUUUAUAUCGAACAGCUCUUUUAUGCGACAACGAAUGAGAUUUUUUACUGCAGUUGUCACAGGACCCCAAUACAACAUUUCCUAUUAUGUUAAUAAUGAAAAUAAAAAAUAUAUGCACAAAAGAAAAACAAUUUAGAAUUAAGGAGAAAGUCAUUAGCAAACGGGGAGAAAUUAAUUGGUAACUAUUAUUACCCAGGAAAUCCAGAUGUUUAUGCAGGAAGUUUUAAUAAUGCAAUUCUCAAAAUACUAAUACAAAAAGUCCAUUUCGAAGCAAAUUUUAACAUCUACUUAAUAUUUUUGGCUGUAGCCGAUAUGGCUAUAUACGUUUAGACCACUUUCUGUUAGCCUUCAUAUCACCUGUAACGAAGUGGUUAACUGAGAAGCGUUUCCCGACGUUUGUGUCUCAAUUAGUUCUUUUGCGAGCUACAAAGUCAACAUGUCAACCUGAACUACUAGUCAAUAAUUUGUUCUAGUUGAAAUGCCAGCAUAUCUUCUUCACUGUGGUUUGUUAACCUCCAAUUUGCCAUAAACCAUCGUCAAAGUACAAAGAACAUCUUAUUUUGUAUUAAUAUUUUUGGAUAGUUCUUUAGCGUGCAGUAAAGUCAACCUGUCUUAAAAAUAUUAGGAAUCGGCUUAAUUGAUACGUUUGAUGCAACGACAGGUUAAUUUGUAGUUAAGUAUUUUUAAAUUAAAAUUGGUUUUGAAAAGUGAAAGUGUUUUCUUUAAAAUAUCUGAUCGAAGAAGCAAAUAUUGCGUUGAAUUUUCUAUCACUUGAGGACGGCUAAAAACUUCUAGAUGACCGUUCCAUUCAUGUACAAUUUUCGAAGCUCUUCUAAUAAAGUUUUUGAACUUUAAUUUUUCACAAUUCCCUACCCAUGACAUGAGGUUAGGUUAUUUUUCGUAGGAAGAAAGAAACCUAAAAUUUUCGGACUCAAAAAUGUGAUGAAGAGAGGAAUCAGAAAUGACCGAAUAGAUACAAAUUUUUAUAGCGACACUAAGAAUGCUUUUCUAGAGAUCUAAAAGUUCUGUGGAUAGCCUAAAAAGUGUUUUCGAUGUAUUUAACAGGAAACUGUUGUUGGGUGUCCCUGUGAAAAUAGGAUUUUGACUGUUUUGUUAUUUUAACGUUUAACCUAUUUAACUCAAAAUUGAAAGUGUGUACUGUUACUAAGUUUACUUUAGUAGCACAGAACGCCUCUUUCUUGUAUCAAGCGGAACACGGCACCACACUGAAUCAAAGAAGUAAGUUGUGCGAGAAUAGAAUCGGGAUUGCUACACAGGAAAAGAUUUAUAAGUCACUAUUACUCAGGAAAUCUAGGUUGAUGUGCAGGAAGUUGUUACAACUAUAAAUUAUGCAGAAGUCAAACUAAUGCUACAGGAAGUCCAUUGCGCACAAAUUUUUAACAGCUUCUAUUAAUUACCUUUGGUUUUAUCGGAGGUGAUUAUCUACCUUUUUGACUGUUUUCUUUUAAAUUUUAUUUUUCAUGUUAGAUAGCAGUGGUUUUAGAAGCGUUUUGUUGCCAUCAGUGUCUUUACUGGUUCUUUAGCUAGCAGCAAAGUCUACAAGUAAAAAAAAAACAGGGAGGGGUGGGGGCGGAAAUAUCUACUAAAUACGUAUAAUUAAAAAAUGAUGAUAAAGAAAUGCCUACUAAAUACGUUUGAUGAAAAGAACAGCAGGGAAUUUCGAAGCCAAUUAAUCUCAGUGAUAUAAAACCUGUCUGUCUUUGUGUGUAGUGUCAUUGUUAAUUAUAAAGUAGCAGUUGUCAUCCGCUAGUUGUUUUGCCCUUGGAGGUUGCUUUAGCCUUGAAGCCGAAGGAGCCCAACGUUUAUUAACUUGGAAGUUUUUUUUUUGGUAAAGCGCUGGAUCGGUGGCUUUCAUUAUCAAUGGCAAACAACACCUUAAAUGGGACAUCAGCAGGACUCCCGGGAGGACUCUACAUAUUUCUUAUAGCUCUAAACAUUUUUCUUUCCAUCACUGCAACUUUGGGCAAUGCCCUGAUCCUCGUUGCUCUUCGAAAAAUAUCCUCUAUUUAUCCACCGACAAAACUCUUAUUUCGAUGUCUGGCAGUUACUGAUCUCUGCGUUGGUCUUCUUUGUCAACCACUCGACGUUUUCUUCAUUUUGGCAGAUUUUCGUCGCAUUAACUACAUUAAAGAUAUCCCCUCCGUAAUACACAAUUUUUUCGUUGACGUGUUUUUUGCGGCGUCGGCCCUAACAUCGGCUGCCAUCAGCGUUGACAGACUUCUCGCUCUGUUAUUGGGAGUGAGGUACAGACAGGUUGUAACCUUAUGCCGAGUUCGUGUGCUCUUAGCUUGGUUUUGGUUCUUUGGCGUUUCAAACGCUUCUUUGUUCUACGUGGCCAAGAAGUUAUCCCUUUCUAGGGUGUUAUCUGCCUCGAACUGGACGUUCUUGGGUUUAAUUCUUCUCUCUAUAAUAAUCUCAACGUUCUCAUACUCAAAGAUUUUUUUCACCCUUCGUCAUCAACAAGCCCAAGUGCAAGGUCAUGUUCAACCAGGACAGUCGAGCAGAGUAAGAAGUGCACUAAACAUAGCACGAUACAAGAAGACAGUGUAUAGCGUAGCUUGGAUACAGUUUGCUAUGCUUGCUUGUUAUGGUCCUUACACUAUAUUGGGAUCAGUAUCCUCUCUUCGUGGCUAUUCCUUCGAAAUUAAUAUCGCGAAUGAGUUUUGCUUUUGUCUCCUUUAUUUAAAUUCAUGUCUAAAUCCAGUUCUUUAUUGCUGGAAGAUAAGAGAUGUGAAGCAGGAAGUGAAGAAAACAAUUGGCAAGUUUCUUUGCUUUUGAUUUUUCCUAUUUUGUUUGGGGAGAAGCACAACUCGCCUCAUAUAAUGGAAUCCAAAACAGUCUAGCUUGGCUUCUGGAUUCCUCGUCAUGGAUUCCGGAUUCUAGGUACUGAAUUCCAGUCUUUGUCAGUGGAACUUGGAUUCUGGAUUCCAAUCGUAAGUGUGAUUCCGGAUGAGCUGUAUUCCGGAUUCCAAAGACGAGAAUUCUCCAUUCCACAAGGAAAAAUUUCUCAAAUUCCGGAUUCCAUCAGCAAAAAUUUCCUGGGUGUAGGUGGGGUAAGACAACAGAACAGUGAAGACACCCGGCGACCACGAAAAGUACUUUGUCAUAUAUUACCUGUACAUACGAAAAAAUGAAAAGUAAAGGCAAUAUUUACAUUGUUCAAAGGAUAAGUUAUUCAUCUUGUACUUCUAGCAUUAUUCAGUCGAUUUACUCUUAAGACUUUGCUUGACUUAUAAACUCGUAAAUGAUGAGAUGUAAUUAAGUACUUGUCAAAAAGCUUCAUACUUUUACAUACUAAACAAUGAAUGCAGGGCGGACAUUGUUGUUUGAUACAUUAGUCCUGUUUACUCCUUUUACAACUGCAUGAUAUUCAGUUUGGACCGGUCAAACAGUCGUCAGUGGUAGACACUACACCUAUAACACUUGUGUGUUCUCUUUAAACAACAAUUUCAAUUGUAUUUCAACAGUAAAAAGGAAAACUUCCCUAAAAUAGCAGGGCUAAUGUAGGCGUUUUUUCAGAAGAAAAAAAAUGACCUUCUGUUGACUAGAUGUAAAACUCUCGGCUUAAGACACUUCAGUGUUGUACAAAGUAUAUAUAAAGUCGAGUCAAUUGUCACAAAUAUCUCAUUUAGCGCCCUAGGACUCUUCAGUUUAAUGUUGUAGUACGAAAAAUAUGUGUCCUGGUAGAAAAUAACGUCAGCACAGAGCUUUGGGCAUUUAUUUAUGUAAGGGAUUCGAGAAGAACUAAGCAAUUGUUAUAAGCUGUUUGCUAAUUUGCUUUAAAGAAACAAACACUGUAUGUUAAAACAUUGAAACGCAGUUUGAAUUGUCCUUCUUAUGAGGUGUUGGUUAUUAAACCCCUGAAUGGGAAGUACAUGCCUUUCACUUUUUAUUUGUUAGCGAAAACCUGAAGCGUGGUUAAUUGAUUCAAAUGAAAGCUGUCAAAACGAUCGUCUUGCAAUUUUAGUUAGCUUUAUUAAGCUUAUCGUUAUUGGAAGUGAAAUCGGAUGAAAAUGAAAAGAGACGACGCGUCGACGCACUGUGCGCCUGAAUUUUAAAACCAAAGAAUAAGAUUUAGAUGUGACAUUGUAAGGCAAAUAAAAAUUAUUGGAGUACGUUUGGACGAACGAUGAAAAGUGUAGUAAACAAUUCCUAGCAGGUGAAAAAUAUGAAUAAAUUAAUAUUCAACAUAUAAACCCGUUGCACCUUAACCGCCAAAUUAAUUUCUCUGUUGUGAAAGAAAAAAAAAAGAAGUAAACAUUUUAAGAACAUUGGUAACGUAGCUGACAUGUACUCGUUUAGAAAUAACGCUAUAUUUCGUAAGUGAACAUGUCUAUAGUUAAAUGAGCGUCCUCAGAUGGCCAAGUUAUCUCUUGAAAGAUUUUUUGUUUACACAAGGGCUAUUGAUGUUUAGCAGGUAAAUGUGAUCAGAAUAUGAUCAAUGAUCAUGACGAUUUCCGUUUGAAACCAGGUGUUUCCGACGAAAAAGAAAAGUGCGUGGCUUCGUAAAGCGAAAGUGGGCUUCUGGCCGUUUUUAACAUACAAAACAGCUUCGUUAAAAUGAACAAGAACUGCUGCGAAGUUUACUUUAGUGGUACAGAACUCUUCUUUCUUGUGUCAUGCUGAAUAUUGCAGCAUCGAAAAAAAGGAAGUUGAGACUUUAAAUCAGCUAAAAUGUAGAAUACCCUUAAAAGGGAGUAUUUUUUUUUUAAAUAGUGUCCUAGUAGCAAUACCCAAAUAGAAACAUACUGACUUGGAAACCGAAAUUGAUACGAAAAUUUUUACUUAUGUAGUUCACUGUCAUAUCUUUUGAGGUUUCUUCAUUAAACUGUUGGAAACCGUAACUCUCCUAAUAACCGAUCUUAAUUUGUUGGUCGGAGUGGGAGUUACAUGUUAAGUAAGGGAUAUUUUAGCUGGCAGACGUGAUCAAACUUUUUCUAGCCAAUUAUUAGGGCGGGUCUAUUUUAAUUGCGAAUAUGCGAUGUUAACUUAUGACGUUAACAACACCAUACAAACUCUAAUUAUGCUUUAUAUUAAAGUCUAAUUCAUAACACUCAUAUUCAGAAGUCUAUAUUGACUGCGCUUCUGUCCUGUUAAUUUCGUCAAUAUCUCAGGCGAAGCAUUUUAUUUCUAAAUUGUCAGUGUAUUUAGCAAGAAACUGCUAAUUGAGGACAAUUUUUUACGUCUCCUAUUGGAGAUAGGACCGCCAUUUCUAAGUACUCAUCCGAGGAAAGGUCUAGCUGUUUGCAAAGCAAAGGCAGUAUACCAUCAUUUCUCAAUUAUCUUAAGACCCUGAAUAGUGGUGCGGCCGCAGAGAACGACCCCGCGACCAUCCGCUCUGCAGACAAGCGCUGUACUGCCUGAGCUAUUCCUGCUGCGGUAAUUACCGGAGGGGGGGGGGUACUCAACAAAGUUUUAUGCGGGGAGGCUCCUCUCGGAGGUCGGUCCAACCCCUUAUCCGGCUUUUACAUACCAUUUUGACAGAAAAAUUACCUCUUUCCUAUGCCUUCUUUCGACAAAUGAUACCCCUUUCUUAUAACUUAUUUAGAAUUUUGCAUCCCUUUCAACCAGUGUAAAGGCACUGCAUUUAAAAUAUGAAUAAAUCACAAAACCAGAACGUUUUCUUGACUUUUUCACAGCCUUAAGAAUACCGAAAUAACCGAUUUCCCUACACUUUCAUAUACUUUAACCCGUAAAAUCCCUUCCCUUUCAUAUACCUGAAGCCUGAAAAACGGUACCCCUUUCAGGCGUAGCCUUCCCGUAUAGGCCAUUGUACUGAGUACCCCCGCCCCCCCGCACCCCCGAGGGGUAAAUAGUGGAAGAUACCGCUUAGUGAUAGGUGCACAGUCUAUCUUAAAUUAGUUGUUACUGACAAAAGUGAAGCCCUGGCGAGUAAAACAAACCACCGGAUGUUACGUUUUGACUUAUAGUGGAGAGUUACAUAUCCGUAGUACAGGUGUUCAUACCAGGGCUGCAAAUAACGGCCGGUCAACGGACAAUGUCCGGUCAAAAAUUGGUUUUGUCCAGGCAAAUCCUUAGAUGGCCGGACAAUUUGUCCGGUCGUUUACGCUGGUAAGCAAAAAAUUUAGAGUUUCAAGUUUUAAAUAUUUAAAGGUUUAAUAUUAUUGGCGUUUGUGAAAAAGGAGGGGAAAAGAUGGAUACUUAACUACCAGACCAAGAACUUUUAACAAAUGAUUCGUAGUAGUCAUAAAAUUACCGGCCGUCGUUGCACAUUUUCGCUUUGUCAUUCACCAAGUCGUCACCGCAAAUUAGCGGGUCUUAAAGAUGUGUACCUACUCUGAGUACCAGAGGCUUUUCAUGCGCGGUUUCCGGUUUCGGUCAAGUCUUAAAUGGAUUAGAAAGAAGUUGUAUUUGCGAUAAUCCUUUACAAAUGUUGUCAAUGUGGUGUGUAACGACUUCAGUUAGACAGGUAACAUGUGAACAUAGUCAUCAACGUCUUCGAAAACCCUUUCCAGUGCAUCUGGGUGUUCCCUUGUUAUAUGUCCAAACUGCGUUUCCGUAAGAUAAUGUCCUCGGAUGUCUAAAAGAACUCUUCCAUUAUUGUAUUUUAAAAGUUCAAUCACUCAUCUUAGGGAUAGAGCUUCCCUGUUUCCGGUAACAUUUAAAAUCAACUAGAUUGCAAGCCUCAGUCAAUUUCAUCAACUUCAUAACUAACCGUAUAUAAGACGCAGAACAGCUCAUACAGGCCAGCAGACCGAGGGUAGCCCGGGCUCCGCAGUGAGUGAAAAAGGCGGAAAAACCGGCGAGCCGAACGGGAAUCUAGGGACAGGAAAGCCGGCGUCCACCUCUCGGCUCGCUUCGCUCGCCGACUUUUUUCGCUGUUUCACCCUAUUUUUGGCCUUUUUCCCCACUAUGAAGCCUGGUCCGAGGCUAACCGGGAAUAAGAUUUUAAAUUCCCUAUAGGGUGUAGGCACUGUUUCUCUGAGACUCUGGAUCUCUUGCAGAUCUAGACAAGGCAAAGAUAAAAUUUGCGACUUUAUCAGUAACAUUUCCCUAGUGAUCCCACACUCGAUCGUUCUAUAUUUCUUGGAAACAUCGGCCUUGCUCAAAAAUGGUGAUUUUUCGUACCCUGUUGGACACAUGUAUUCUAGAGUCAAAGGAAUACGAAGCAUACCCUUAUGAGCGGCACGUGGCCUGCAGAAGCCAUAUAUAGAGAAAGUAGUGUUACAAUCUGAUUAAAAACUUCAACUGCAGGUGUAUAAGUCUUUUAUUCACUCACUGCUGAGUUCGCAUUCACUGUUAUUAGUGUGGUAAUGUUUUUUUAAAACAAAACUGUUAUUUUAGCUAAGAUAUCUAAAAAAUUCCGCGGGGGUAUUUAACGUCAGAGUGGCUUAAUGAGGGGCGCGAUCCAUUCAACCAAAAUUCCAACCGGUCAGACCGGGAAAAGUGGUCCACCUCAAAAGGUGGACCCGUUUUUCCGAAAUUUUUCCGGUUGGACCGAACCGAUCCAUUGAGUUUUAGACCGAAAUUUUCGGAAAUUUUCGUUGAAUGGAUCGCGCCCGAGGAAAAUGGGCGCGCGUCCUUGAAAUUUCCUCUUUCGCCCUAAAACAACCGGCGCCUGCUAGUUCUGGUCGCAAUAGCCGAUUUGCUAUUUUAAGAACAAAAUUGCGCCACCGUCUACGUUAUAAACUCACAUGGGCACCGGCAACUUCGCGAAGAUCCCUCGUGGAAUUUCAGAUGAUAGGUGAUCGUGUGCGACAUUCCUUGAGUGCUCUCUGAACUUCCCAAGUGCUUCAUAUCUCGAUAUACAGCGCAUGCUCAGCAGAGGAAUGACCAGUAAUUUUGCUUUAUAAAGAGACAAAGAUAAAAGAAAUGGAAUUUAUUCAUCUCCCAAGAAGGUUAUUUCCGACGCCAUGUUAAUUUGUUUUGUUUGGGGUGCGUGUAUGGCACAAAUUGUGCUAAAAAUUGCAUACACAUUUGAUGACUGAUAUCGUUGGAACCAUGCAGCCCCAUUACUGGAAGAGGUAUCCAGUUGGGGUCUCCUACACUGGCUUCUGAUAUUAUAUAUAGAGAUUAGGCCUGUUUGGUCUGUUCUUUGUGUAAUAGUCGGAACAGGUUUUAAUAAAUAUACUUUGAGUUAAGAAUAUUCUAAUAUUUCAUUGCAUUCAAAGGCAUUUACGAGAAGAUCAACUGCAGCAUAUCUGAGGACUGGCACGAUGGCCAUCCGUUUAAAGAUCGUCGAAAUAUUACAAUGUUUGUUUCCUACGCUGAGAAGAGAAGAUGUGGGUUCAAAGUCGGUAGAAUCACGUUCACCACUAGUUUGGCUUGGUUUUCUUUUUUCUUUGGUCUUUUCGGUUUACUUUACCACUUUUUUUGA